AUGGCGGAAGCGGGAAACCCAGAAAACAUCAUACGAGGUUAUAAAGAAGUCUCCGUCACUGAGAAAAGAGGCGAAAAGAGGAAAUGGCGCCAGUUCUUCAGAGCUCACAGCCAUGGCCGGCCGAAGCAGGUUAAGGACGUGGCGCAUCAGGAAGAGGUGGUUCGCGUCCUCACCAACACUCUCGAGACUGCUAACUGCCCACACAUGCUCUUUUAUGGACCUCCAGGCACCGGAAAAACCACUACCGCACUUGCCAUCGCUCACCAGCUAUUUGGACCUGAACUGUACAAGUCUAGGGUGCUGGAGCUGAAUGCUAGUGAUGACAGAGGGAUUAAUGUUGUUCGGACAAAGAUCAAGGAUUUUGCUGCUGUUGCUGUUGGGACUAAUUACCGUCAAGGCGGUUAUCCUUGCCCAUCUUUUAAGAUCAUCAUCCUUGAUGAGGCUGAUUCAAUGACAGAAGAUGCUCAGAAUGCCUUGAGGCGUACAAUGGAAACUUACUCCAAAGUCACCAGAUUCUUUUUCAUUUGUAAUUAUAUCAGCAGGAUCAUAGAGCCUCUUGCUUCCAGAUGUGCGAAGUUCAGGUUUAAACCACUUUCUGAAGAAGUCAUGACGAACCGUAUAUUGCAUAUUUGUAAUGAAGAAGGGCUUACUCUUGGUGGAGAGGCUCUUUCAACUUUGAGCUCCAUAUCACAAGGUGAUCUCCGUAGGGCCAUCACAUAUCUGCAGAGUGGUGCUCGGUUGUUUGGAUCAACAAUAACUUCCAAGGAUUUACUCGACGUGUCUGGGGUAGUCCCUCUGGAGGUAGUCGAGAGACUUUUUAUUGCAUGCAAAAGUGGUAAUUUCGAUAUUGCGAACAAGGAAGUGGACAACAUAGUUGCAGAAGGGUACCCUGCUUCUCAAAUCAUCAACCAGUUAUUCGAUAUAGUGGUUAAGGCUGGUGAUGACACGACAGACAUGCAAAAGGCUAAUAUCUGCAAAUGUCUAGCUGAAACAGAUAAGCGACUUGUAGAUGGUGCGGAUGAGUACUUGCAGCUUCUGGACGUGGCAAGCAACAUAAUUCGUACUCUUUCAGAAAUGGCUCAAGACUUCUAA